AUGCUUAGCGAACAAGCUAUUUUGCAGGCUUUUGAACGGACGAUGGCGUCCGAUGCAGUUGUCAUUAAAGAAGCGGAACAAGAAUUAUUUGCUAUGCAAAGAGAGCCGGGUUUCACAACUUUCUUACUAAAGGUUGCCAAGAAUGAACAAAUUCCUAUGAACAUUCGUUUAUGUUGUUCAAUAUAUCUCAAAAAUAAGAUCCAGAGGUCAUGGAAUUCUAAAAAGGAUGAUCGUAUUCCUGAGCAGGAAGAAGGGAUUAUUAAGGAACAAUUGGUGGAAGCUUUAGUUCAGCAUAGUGAAAGUACGCAUAUUAGGUCUCAUCUUACGGAAUGUAUACGCGCGAUUCUCUCCAACAAUGAAAAGUGGGACUUGGCGGAUGUAGUUCUUAAUAUGAUGAGGUCACAGAAGUCAGAAUACUUGUAUCCUGCAUUGUUACUUGUGUUUGAAGUGACCAUCAAGCAUCGUUAUGUGAUGUCUGAGAGCAGGCAAUACAUAGACAGUUUUAUUGAGAAGGUAUUUCCGGCUGUUGAGGAGGUGGCGUCUCAAUUGGUGAAUAACGACGACUAUAGGUCGAAUGAAUUGUUGUAUUUGAUUUUGAAGUCCUUUAAGUAUGCAUGUUUGAACAACUUUCCGCAAUACUUUAACAACGUUGAGAAGCUAAAUUCUUGGAUCCAGUUGCAUUUAUUUUUGUGUUCGAGACCGUUGACGAAGGAGAGCCUUGAGCUAGACCCAGGCGACAGAUCCUUGGACAAGAGAGUCAAGGUUAAUAAGUGGGCUUUUGGUAAUUUGCACAAAUUCGUGUACAAGUACACUAGAAUUACUAAGUUUAUUAGUAAUGACUUUGUCCAAUAUGUGUUCCAUAAUAUUGUGCCUACGAUAUUGAAUGAGUACUUUAAGGUGAUAGAACUAUGGGGUGGUAACUCACUUUGGUUAAGUGACAGUUCGUUGUACUAUUUAAUUCAGUUCUUGGAGAAGUGUGUUAAAACUGAAGAGCUAUGGCCUUUAAUCCAACCGCACUUGGAAGUUAUUAUUAAGCAUGUUAUCUUCCCCUGUUUGUCUGCAUCAGCGGAAUCUGUUGAACUACUAGAAACUGAUCCUGAAGAAUUUACAAGACGUUACUUUGACAUGAACAAAGAAGGUUCUACAGCAGACGUAGCGUCUAGUGAAUUCGUUUUUGUAAUUGGUCACUCUAGAUUUUCCGAAGUGAACAAGAUAUUGCCCCUUAUUCAUGACGUAUUUACUGAAUUCGCUACAAAGGGCGACUUAGAGUCUGCAUACAAAGAAGAAGGAGCUUUGAGAUUAUUCUCUAACUUGUCAUCCUUUUUAGCAGAGGAUGAGUCUCCUGUUCGCGAUAAAUUGGAGCCAAUUUUUGAACAUUUUAUCACUCCUUUAUUCAGUAAUGACAAGUAUCCAUUUUUGGUAGCUAGGGCUUUGGAAACGGUUGCAAUUUACCAACAAGAAUUUCAAAAUCUUGAAAUUUUAUCGAAGAUUUAUGAGAUGACGUACUUAAAUUUGAUGAGAAGUGACAUUCUUCCUGUACAAGUGGAAGCAGCGGAUGCUUUAAAGACUUUGGUUAUGUCUAAUGUGUCCAUGCAUAAACACAUCGCGCCUCAAGUUCCAGGUAUCAUGGAGAAGCUACUAAAGUUAUCCAAGGAAUUUGAAAUUGAUACUUUGUCAGAAAUAAUGGAAGCUCUUGUAGAAAGAUUUGCUGACGAGUUAACGCCUUUUGCCAACGAAUUGGCAGCUACGCUUGCGGAACAGUUCCUAAGGUUAGGUCAAUCACUAGUAGAAAACACCAGUGGUCAUUAUUCAACACAAGAUCAAGACCAAGAAACUCAGGCGAGUGCCAUGCUACAAACGAUGACCAUGAUGGUAAUGUCUAUGAAUAAAGUUUGUUUGGUUGACAAGUUUGCUCCAGUUGUGAAAUUUAUUAUUGUGAAUGCACAGAUAUCAUUUUUGACCGAAAUGGUUGAUCUAAUAGAUUCCUUGGCAUUGUCAGCUAAGACAAUGUACAAUGCUUUCACUCCAGUUAUUUGGGAAUUGUUCCAUGAUGUUUUGGAUUCCUUCCAAACAUAUGCAUUAGAAUACUUUGAAGCUUACCAAGUGUUUUUUGAAACCGUUGUGACAAAUGGGUUCCCACAGGACCAGACUUUCGUCCAACCCUUCUUCCAGAUAGUCAACCAAGUGUUGGAUUCUGAAGACGAUUUUGAUAUCGAAAGUGCAUUCAACGUCAUGGUUGCGUACGCCCUCGCAAUGAAGGAAAUUCCACUCUUUGAUAAAGCAUUCCAGGUAGCACAAAAUCAAGAGUUGGAGCUUGAUGACGCAGCAGUGGUUAGGUUGUUCUUGGCAGGUCUAUACGCUAAGCCACUAGAAACCUUACAACUAGCUGAACAGCAAGGUAUAACACUGGGACUAAUGAAGAAAUGGCUUGACUGCAAAUUCUACAGCGUAUACACGACCAAAUUGCAAAUGAUGGCCUUAAUGUCGUUGUUCAAACUUCCGCAGCUACCAAGCUGCGUCAGCGGCUUUGUAGGCCAACUAAGCACGCGGCUUGUGAAGCUAGCUGAAUACCUACCUGAAGCAAUCCGCAAGAGGGACUGCAUAGCUAAGGGAGAGCUCGGUGUUGAAUCUUCUGAUGACGCUGGCGCCGGCGAAUUCUUCGACGAGCUGGAGGACGAUUUCAAAGAGAGUUGCUUGGACAACAUCAACUGUUUCCAUGAACUUGAUAGUUUUUACACUGCUCUACAGCAGCAUGAUCAAGACAAGUAUCAUCUUCUUGUUAACUCAUUGGAUCCAGAUACCCGCGAAUCUUUUAGAGUGAUAAUGGAAUUCAUUGCGCAAACGCAAAUGUAA